CCUGCCGAGACCCGCCUCCACCCGCCACAAAUUCCGUUACUCGGGGAAAAACGGAUUUAACAUGGCGCACUUUCUGGGAAAUAAUUUGAGUUAGUUCGCGGCCGGUUAAGUGGAAUAUCGCUUGUUGUUCAUUUUUCUGAGGUCCAUGAAAACAUUGUUGUAGGAGAGCGCAGCGUUUCUGUGGCUGUUUGGGAAGCGAACUGCCAUGGGAUGAAAGUUUGAAGUUGCUGCCGCUGUGUAUAAAGCUAGAACAGGAUGGAGAAGCAUCGACCGAAGAAAGAAAGGUUCUCUCUCUUUGGCUCUCGCUCUUCUGGCCGAAGCACCAACCCUCCCUCUUCCUCCUCUUCAUCCUCUACCUCUGCUCCCCCCAUCCCUCCCACUCUCUGCAAGACAGACCCUCAUCCCUCCAUCCCUCCCUCUCUCCGUAAGACAGACCCUCAUCCCUCCAUCGCUCCCUCUCUCCGUAAGACAGACCCUCAUCCCUCCAUCGCUCCCUCCAUCCCUCCUGGUCCUCCUAUCCUUUCUAAGACAGAGUUUUUGGAAGCAGUGCGUUGCAGUAACCAGGCGUGCCAGCGGGGGCAGUACAGCCAGGCGGUGCAGCUCUAUGGGAAGGCCCUGUCUGCAGACCCUCAGAACUGCAUCCUGUACAGUAACCGCUCAGCGGCCCAUCUCCGCCUUGGACAGUACCAGACCGCCCUGGACGACGCCCUCAAAGCCCGCCUGCUCAACCCCAAAUGGCCAAAGGCGUACUUCCGUCAGGGCGUGGCCCUGCAGUACCUUGGUCGCCAUGCCGACGCCCUUGCAGCAUUUGCCUCUGGUCUGGCGCAGGACCCCAAGAGUCUCCAACUAUUGGUGGGCAUGGUCGAGGCUGCCAUGAAGUCCCCACUACGAGACUCUCUAGAACCCACCUACCAGCAGCUGCAGAGGAUGAAGCUGGACAAGAGUCCGUUUGUGGUGGUGUGUGUGAUUGGUCAGGAGCUGCUGACCGCUGGUUACCAUGGAGCCUCGGUUGUGGUUCUGGAGGCAGGGCUAAAGAUCGGCACAUGCUCUCUGAAGCUCCGAGGUUCAGUGUUCUCUGCUCUCAGCUCAGCCUACUGGUCUCUAGGCAACGCAGAGAAGAGCACAGGACACAUGCAGCAAGACCUGGAGGUCGCCAAGACUCUAGGUGACCAAUCAGGCGAGUGCCGGGCUCAUGGGAACCUAGGGUCCGCCUACUUCUCCAAGGGCAACUACAGGGAGGCUUUAACCAAUCACAGACAUCAGCUGGUCCUCGCCAUGAAACUCAAGGACAGAGAGGCUGCGUCCAGUGCACUGAGCAGCCUUGGCCAUGUGUACACAGCGAUAGCGGACUACCCUAACGCCCUGGCCAGCCAUAAACAGUGUGUGCUGUUGGCACAGCAGACGCAAUGCCCGCUGUCAGAGGCUCGCCAGCUGGGCAACAUGGGAGCUGUCUACACCGCACUGGGAGACUUCACCAAUGCUGUGCUGUGUCACCAGCAACACCUGGACAUAGCUAAGACCCUAGGUAAUGGGCGUGAGGAGGCGCGGGCGUACAGUAACCUGGGCAGUGCCCACCACAGCCAGAGAGACUUUGACAAGGCUGUGUCCUACCACACACUGGUGCUGCAGCUGGCUCAGGAGCUGGAGGACAGGACCAUACAGAUGAGGGCUUACGCCGGCCUGGGACACGCUGCUCGCUGCAUGCAGGACUUGGAGAGGGCAGGCCAGUACCACCAGCAGCAGCUGGACAUAGCAGAGGAGCUGCAGGACAGAGCUGCAAAGGGACGCGCUUCGUCCAACCUGGGUAUAAUCCAUCAGAUGAAGGGGGAGUACGAUGCAGCGUUGAAGCUCCACAAUGCCCACCUGUGUUUGGUCCAGGAGCUGGGGGACUAUGCUGCUCAGGGCAGGGCCUAUGGGAACAUGGGCAAUGCCUUCAACGCUCUGGGGAUGUACGACCAGGCUGUGCGCUACCACCGGCAGGAGCUGCACAUAUCACUAGAGGUGAAUGACCGGCCCUCCCAGGCCUCUACCCAUGGUAACCUGGCUGUAGCCUAUCAGGCUCUGGGCGCUCACGACCGUGCUCUCCAGCACUACCUGCACCACCUGACCAUCGCACGUGAACUACGAGACACACAGAGCACGGCCAGGGCACUAGGUAACCUGGGUAACUUCCACUGCUGUAGAGGGGAGUAUGUCCAGGCGGUUCCCUACUACCAGCAGUACCUGACCCUGUCACCCCAGCUACAGGACCUGGAGGAAGAGGGCAAGGUCUGCCACAACCUGGCCUACACACACUACUGCCUGGGACAGUACAGAGAGGCCGUCAGGUAUUAUGAACAGGACCUGGCCCUGGCUAAAGACCUGGGGGAUAAGUUGUCCCAGGCUAAAGCCUACUGUAACCUGGGUCUGGCCUACAAAGCCCUGGGGGAAUACAACAAGGCUGAGGACUGUCAGAGAUACCUGCUGUCCCUGGCUCAGGCUCUCAACAACACACAGGCUGUGUUCCGUGCCCUGGGGAACCUGGGGGAUGUGUGUGUGUGUCGGGUUGACGUGGCCGGGGCGGUGAGGUUCUACCAGCAGCAGCUCACCCUGGCUCAGGAGGUCAAAGGCCACAAAAUGGAGGCCGACGCAUACUCAGCGCUAGGCUCCGCCCACAGACUCCUCCGUCAGUACGACCUGGCGCUGUCCUUCCACCAGCAGGAGCUGUCUGCCCGCACCGCUCUAGACGACCAACAGGGGCAGUGUGGUGCUCUGGGCCGCCUGGCAGCCGUCCACAUGGCCCUGACGGACUACGCCACAGCCUUCCAGUGCUACCAGGCCCAGCUCACCCUGGCACAGGGCCUCAGAGACGCCCGCGUGGAGGCACAGGUCCAGGGCAACAUGGGCAUCGCCAAGAUGAACAUGGGCGUCCUGGAGGAGGCCAUUGGGUAUUUUGAGCAGCAGUUGGCCAUGCUGGAGCAGCUGAGUGGGGCUGAGUGUGUGCUGGACAGAGGCAGGGCCUACGGGAACCUAGCAGACUGUUAUGACUCUCUGGGUGACUUUGAGGAAGCUAUAAAGUACAGUGAGAUGUUUCUAACCGUGGCUCAGAGUCUCAACCAUGUUCAGGACCAAGAGAGAGCCUACAGGGGACUGGGCAACGCACACAGAUCUCUAGGUAGUCUCCAGCAGGCUUUGGUUUGUUUUGAGAAGAGACUGGUGGUGGCCCAUGAGCUGGGUGGAUCAGGAGGCGGAUCAGGAGGAGGGGGGAAGGCCCAGGCCUAUGGGGAGCUGGGAGACCUACACAGCCAGCUGGGAAAUUAUGAGCAAGCCCUGUCCUGCCUGGAGCAUCAGCUCAACAUCGCCUGCACCUCAGGGGACCGAGCACUAGAGGGCGAAGCGAGCGCGGCGCUGGGUGCAGUGUACCAGCUGAUGGGAGAGAACGAGGCAGCUCUGCAGUGGCACCAGAGCGCAUUAGAGAUUGCGGAGGAGACUGGAAGUGGGAGGAGUCAGGGAAUGGCCUAUGGGAACAUGGGACUGACUUAUGAGGCGCUGGGAAACUACGAAAAGGCUGUGGACUGUCAGGAGCAGCACCUGAGUGUGGCGGCGCAGAAUAAUGACCUCACAGCCAAGACACUGGCAUAUGGCAGCCUGGGGAGGACACACCAUGCGCUACAGAACUACACACAGGCUGUCAUGUACCUGCAAGAAGGUCUGCGUCUAGCGGAGCAGUGUGGGAGGAGAGAGGAGGAGGCUAAGAUCCGUCACCGUCUGGGCCUGUCACUGUGGGCCAGCAGCAACCUGGAAGAGGCCCAGCACCAGCUGUACCGAGCGUCUGCGUUGUUUGAGUCGAUUCGUCACGAGGCCCAGCUCAGCUCAGACUACAGACUGUCUCUGUUCGACUUGCAGACGUCAUCAUACCAGGCUCUCCAGAGGGUCCUCGUCAGCCUGGGUCAUUAUGACGAGGCCCUAGCAGUGGCAGAGCGGGGUCGGACCCGGGCCUUCGCUGACCUCCUGGUGGAGCGACAGCAAGGUCACCAACCCCUGACCUCUGACCCUUAUACCCCGACCCCUGACCCUUACUCCCCGGUAACCAUAGAACACAUCCUGGAUACGGUCAACAGUCAGAAGUCACUGGUGCUGUACUUCUCUCUGGCUGCAGGGUACCUCUACAGCUGGCUACUGGCACCAGGCACAGGUAUAGUGAAGUUCCAUGAGGUGUACCUGGGUGAGGGAGGAGCCGAGCUGCAGGCCGCAGAGAUCCAGGGGGGAGGAGUUAGUGGCUGUCAGACUCUGGAGCAGCACAUCACUGCAGCUAGAGAGGCUCUGGGAGUUGACACCUACUACAGCAGCAGUGAGACGGAGAAUGAAGCAGGUGAUCUGUUAGAACAACAGCUUGAGGAACGACUGACCUCAGCCAGCGACCCCACUGACUGCCUACACAGUCAGGUGUCCAGAAACAACGUCUUCAGCAGAAGUGGUCAGAGUUUGUCCAGUCUGGUCAGUUCUACAGUGUCUCCAGUGAGAGAGACCUCUCUACUCUGUAGACCCGCCCCCCUCACCAAACCCCUACGAGCCCUUCACCACCUGCUCAUUGCACCUAUGGAGGAGGUGCUGAUGCCUGGCAGUGGUGCAGUUGGCAGACACAGACAGUUGGUGUUGGUGUUAGAGGGAGAGCUGUACCUGGUUCCCUUCGCUCUGCUCAAAGGUAGCUCUUCUAAUGAGUACCUGUAUGAGAGGUUCAACCUUCUAGCUGUCCCAUCUAUAGGGAGCCUGGGGGCUGCAGCCAAGUCCCACCCUCGUCACAGAGCUCCUUUCCUCUACAGCGGUGGGGGUUCUAUGACCGCAGUAGUGGGGGCUCCACGCCUGCCCUCCAGGGUGAUGGAGCGUUGGCUGUGGGGGCCGCUGCCCUCUGCCCACGACGAGGCCCUCCGCCUGGGGGAACUGCUGGGUUGCCAGCCCCUCACUGGUACACAGGCCACCAAGGAGCGUGUGCUAGCAGCCAUGAGCCAGGCAGAGUGUGUUCACUUUGCUACUCAUGUCUCCUGGAAGCUGGCGGCCCUGGUUCUCUCCCCCAGCCAGGAUCCAGGGGUAGGCUCAGAAACACGGCCCAAGGAGAGUGCACCAUGUGGGGGAUCACUUUUACGUGAGAGUGGGGAUGUGGGAGCAAGUACUGAGCUACGGGAGGAGAGGAGUGAGGAUGGAGGAAGUGUGUGUGACACAGAGAGUGUGUGUGACGCAGAGAGUGUGUGUGACAGUCCACCGCUACAGGACUUUCUGCUCACUGCGGCCGACAUACUGGACCUGAGACUGCCUGUGAAACUGGUGGUUCUGGGGUCGUACCAGGAGUGUGUCAGCAGAGUGACCUCAGACGGUGUGGUGGGGCUGUCCCGUGCCUUCCUGACAGCGGGUGUGCAGUGUGUGUGUGUGUCGCUGUGGCCCGUUCCCAUGGCAGCAUCCAAGGUGUUCACGCACAGCUUCUACACGGCACUACUGAACGGGACCAAGGCCAGUGCAGCUCUCUCUGAGGCCAUGAAGACUCUACAGAGCAGCACACAUUUCUCACACCCGUCUAACUGGGCGGGCUUCAUGUUGAUUGGCUGUGAUGUGAAGCUGAACAGUCCCUCGUCUCUGAUUGGCCAGGCCCUGGCAGAGAUCCUCCAAUAUCCUGAGAGAGCUAGAGAUGCCCUGAGAGUUCUACUGCACCUGGUUGAGAAGUCUCUCCAGCGUAUACAGAGUCAUCAGAGUAACGCCAUGUACACCUCGCAGCAGAGCGUGGAGAAUAAGGUUGGUGGGGUCCCGGGAUGGCAGGCCCUGCUGUCAGCUGUGGGGUUCCGGUUAGACUGUUCUGGUACCGGCAGUGGUCUCCCCGCUGCUGUCUUCUUCCCUACGGCUGACCCUGGAGAUCGGCUCCAGCUCUGCAGCACCACCCUGCAGUCACUACUCGGUCUGCCUCAUGCAGCCUUCCAGGCUCUCUGUAAACUGGUCACUGCUGCUGAGACUGGAGACCAGCUCAUCAACAAGGCUGUUAAAUAUAUGGUGGGAAUGCUUCACCAGGUAUUGUUUCAGCAGCAGUCAUGUGACAAGGAGCUGGAGUUCUCAUUGGCUCCCAUCCAGGUGUCCAUUAGUGUCCAGCUGUGGAGACUUCCUGGUUGUCAUGAGUUCCUGGCUGCGCUGGGUUUUGACCUGUGUGAGGCAGGACAGGAGGAGGUGCUAUUGAAGACUGGUAAACAGGCUAGCAGACGGACCAUGCACUUUGCUCUGCAGUCUCUACUAGCACUGUUUGACUCUACGGAGCUGCCCAAACGCCUCAGCCUGGACAGCUCUUCCUCUCUUGAGUCUCUCUCCUCUUCCCAGUGUGCCUCCCACUCCCUCCCUCUCUCCCUCCCCCUCAACCUUCCCCAGCCUCCCUUCUCUCCUCCACUUGGCGGCGCAGACGGUCUCUCCUGUGACGCCAUCUCCCUCUACAGCCUCAGCUCACUCACUUCCUCUCUCAGCUUCCUGUCUCGCCCCGAACCCGCAGGAAUUGAUGUCAUCAGCCAGCGCUCACGGCAACAGGAACUGGAGCGGCACCGCGGAGGAGCGGGGUUAUUCGCCUCGCACCGACACACAGGAGGCAUGUCGAGAAACAGAUUAACAAAUCACAGAGGAGGAGGAGGGACAGAGGGGGAGGAACAGGAGGAGUAUGAAGGAUUCUCCAUCAUCAGCAGUGAACCUCUGGGGGGAGGAGGGGGGAGGGAGUGUGACACCUUACCCCUCCCUGGGGGAUACAGACACCUUAGAGGAGCGGGGAGGGGAGACGUGGUGGGGAGAGGGUACCCCGUCUCAGUCUCCUCCAAGGGGAGUGUCAGCACUCCCACCUCACCGCUCAAAGUCCCCCUGCCGCCCCUGGCCAUACCCCCCAGCCCUAACACACAAGCUAAGUCCCAGGGCUCUCAGAGCGUGUCUAAAGGUCAGCUGGUCAGUACAGAGGCGGUGCUCUCUGAGUCUGACCAGUCCAGUACAGAGACAGACAGCACCGUCAAGUCCCAGGAAGACAAGCCUCCCCCCACCCCUCUGGACCCCCAGGAACUGGCCAGCAGGAUCCUGUCAGAGACCCAAAGCCACAUGCAGGCUGUGGAGAGCCUCCAGAGGGGGAGGACAGGAAGGGCAGGCAACGGAGGAGGGGAGGAGGGGUUAAGGGGACCAGAACGUAGGCCCUCCUGCACCUCAGCCCGUCUGACCCCCGCCGCAGGGGGUUUGGGCUUCCGUUCGUCUGAGACCAGCGCUUUCAGCAGACCCAGUAGUAGAGCCAGCCAGCCACCCUCUCGUUCCUCAUCCUUACAGAAGAUCAGCUCCGGCUACAACAGCCCGACCGUAUCCUCCCGCUCUCCCUCCCUCUCUUUCUCUCACCCCAACCCCUCGCCCUCCAGAACCCCAGACCCCCACAUCCAGGUGCAGCUCAGACAUAAAUACCCUAGCUCCCCUUAUACCCCCCACAUCUCACACUCCCCCAAUAGCAUCUCCAUCUCCCCCAGCUCAGGCCACCCUUCCUCAGUCGGAAGCUUCCCAUCCUUGGCUGCAUCCCCAGUCCUCUCCCUGGCCCCUUCCCCUGCCCUCUCUUUCUCCUCCACAGGUUCCACUUCUGCCCGCUCCAGCCCGGCCGAAACCCCAGACCUGGGCCGGUUGAAACGGGCAGGCCUUGUGGACGAGAGGGUACAGGCCAUCCACAACCUGAAGACCUUCUGGUCCAACGCCACCCAGAGGCAGGAGGUUCCCGGCCCAGGCAGGAUGCUCCGAGGUGGUGGGAAGAAGAUGAGCACGGUCCAGAAAGAUGUCCUGGGGCUCCUUCACCUCUCUCCAAGACAUGGAUCCACCAACCAGAACCAGGACACUGAAGGGCCCCAGAGCCCUACCAACCCACCUGAUGGACACAAGAAGCUGGUUCCAAAACCGCCAGUGGUGCUUCCUCCUCAUACUGCUACUGACUCCUUUUUGGGAGGUAGUCCCGGAGCACCCCCACACCCUGUCAGACUGCCCUCGGGGAAAGGCUUCAAGUUCCCCUCGCCUGGGAAAUUCUUCCCCUCCUCCAAAUGCUGAGAGGGGUUAGAGACUCUUAAUGGUUAGAGAUCUGCUCCUGACUCUGAGGCUCUUCUAGUGGAUUAUGCUAGCUGGGCUGUGUGCUAUGAAAGGGACUGAACCUUACACUAGCAAGAAGGCCAAAUGGGGACAACCAAAACUGAAGUUCUGAUUUGCAUUAGUUAAAUAGAAAGUGGGAAUGGGACACUGUGCAGUGACUGACUGCCCCCUAGUGGAAAUGAAAGGAAGGACAGAGCAGGGACAGGUCAUAAAGGAAAGAGUUCAAUCACCCUGAAGGACAGAGGGGGACAGACUGGACUCUGUAUAACUCUGGGUUGAAAUCUGCCUGAGAUUCCUCACUGACAUGUAGUCCCCUUGCCUCCUCCUACACUGUAAAGACACUUUGAUACAGGCAGACUCUUAGAAUGACUGAAAAUACCAAUAUGGUGUUUCUAUUUUUUACCUAAAACGCUCGCUGUUUGCGAAAGUCAAUAAAAUGCUAAAUGGAAUUGUUUUAAUUCUGAUUUAUUUGAAUAUAAUUAUUGUGAAUUGUUAUUACCAAGGUUCGUAACUUAUUAUCGUUAUUAUGUUUUGUAAAUUAAAUCCUGUGCUUUGUAAUCAGUAUUACGUGUUUUUAUAUAUUAAGAAGCAAACGGUGCACACAAAUAAAUAAAAACAUUUAAUAUUUUUAUUGAAGUUUUGAAAAGGCACAUGAGACAAUUUCUUUGUAAAGUAAGUGUUAGUCUGAAAGCAUGAAAUAUAUUGCUAUUCAAUGUUUCAAUGUCUUUUUAACACACACUUUGCACCAGUGGACCCUUGUUAAAGAUGCACUAUGCAGAAAUCACUCUGCCAUUUCCUGGUUGCUAAAAUUCUAAUAGUUCUGCUUAUUUCAGUUUAGUGUAGAGAUGUAUAGUGUAGAGAAUCAUUGUACCAUCUAAACUGCUGUCAGAUAUCUUUUCCAUAACCAAAAAUAUUGUAUUUUCAGCUGUUUGAAAAUGGUAUACAAAACUGAAAGUAAAAGAUGGAAAAACUAAAUGUUAAACCGGGGAGCAUAGAAAUAGCGCACAUAGAACAUAUACAGCUUCUUAGACUUGCUUUCGAUGAAUGACAGAUCUAUCACUUCCAUUUCUAUGUGAAUUUGAUCGGGUCGCCCGAAAAGUUACAUAUUGCAGCUUUAAACAUGCAUCUCAGUUCUUUCCCAGUAAAAUAAUUGAAAUAAAGGUUUACUCUCUUGUCA